CUCCUCACAUCAGUCGCCACUACUGAGUACUGCAGGGGCAGUGACGUCACGGCCAGCCUCUCUCUCUCUCCUACAGUCCCUUCCUGCUGCAUCACAACAGUCGCUAGUGGAUCGGGUAACACUGAGCUAUUUCCACUGCCUUGUGGAGUUUUUAUUUCAAUAAAUGUAACAGAAGUCCUCCUCGACAGCUUCAACCGUCAAGCCCAUCACCGUCAGUCCGAGCGGACGUCAGCGCAGCAGUCGACGCGUUUGAAGCGCAGUGGGAGAUGGCCAGGCCAGAGCAGGUCCUGCUUCUAGAACCGCAGCACGAACUGAGGUUCCGAGGUCCAUUCACAGAUGUGGUGACCACCACCCUAAAGCUUGCUAAUCCUACAGACAGAAAUGUGUGCUUUAAAGUAAAGACGACUGCACCGCGCCGGUACUGUGUGCGGCCAAACAGUGGAGUGAUUGAUGCUGGAACCUCCAUCAACGUCUCUGUGAUGCUGCAACCGUUCGAUUAUGAUCCGAAUGAGAAAAGCAAACACAAGUUCAUGGUACAGUCUCUGCUGGCUCCGCCUGACAUGACCGACACCGAGGGAGUGUGGAAGGACGCCAAGCCCGAGGAUCUGAUGGACUCCAAGCUGAGAUGUGUCUUUGAGAUGCCUGCUGAAAAUGAGAAAACACAUGAAAUGGAAAGCAAUAAGAUAUCCGCCAGUCUCUCAAAGUCGGAAUCAUCCACAUUGUCUAUGAAGUCCAUGGCCUCCAGUCUGGAUGAUGGAGAGGUGAAGAAGAUCAUGGAGGAAUGUAAAAGACUGCAGACGGAGGUGCAGCGGCUACGAGAGGAGAACAAACAGAUCAGGGAAGAUGAUGGUCUGCGGAUGAGGAAGAGCACAGUAAUGUCCGCUCCGCACUCAUCUCCAGCGAUGAGAAUGAAGGAGGAGGGGCUGAGCAGCAGGGUGAUCGCUCUAAUUGUGCUGUUUUUUGUUGUGGGUGUCAUCGUCGGCAAGUUGGCCUUGUAAAAUCCAAGAGGGGAGAGCUACAAGCAUGCAUUGCGGAUGAAACAAAAACAAAACAGACAAGUAACCAAUGCAGAAUUCGUUUAAUCCGAAUGCCAUAUCAUUGGGGUAGUUUUGGAUUAGCGAGGUGUGUAAAAUUAAUAAAGAGAUCAAGGAAUUUCAUCAUGUUAUGUGCAAAGAUAAAAAAAAAUCAAAAAAAUAAUAAUAAUAAUAAUCUGACACAGCUCUUGCCUCAAAAUUGUGAAAUCAUUCUGGCCCCUCUUCCUUAAUCAUUUCUGAUGCAAGUUCAAAUGGAUAACAAAUGUCAUAGAUUUUAACCACUAAAAUGUCGUAGGGAUUUUCUAACACCAGAUGUGCGAUUGAGUUGUGCUAGAGUGAAUGUUGUUUUAUCACUUUUUUUUUUUUUUCUCUGAUGGGUCAGAAUCUGUAUACAAAUGCUAAACAUCGUUGAAAAGUGUCACAUGUGCAUUUAAUUUAUGCAUACCCAAACAUCCUGCAUUAAAGCAGCAGUUCACUGAAGUUUAGCCUGUAUAUUUUCAAUCACUCUCCAGGUAAAUGAUAAAACAAGCUGUCUAGUAUCUUCCCCAGUCACACUGUUGGUAAAAUAACGUGUUUUAUAUCUUCCAUCCAUUUCCGUUCAGUCCAGCAGAUAUGUUUGAGUACCAACAAGUACUACGAUUCAACAUAUAUUUCCUCGGCAAAUCGGAUUACAUGUAGUUUUGCAAGCAUCACCGUUUCAUGCAAAUUUAAUAUGCUCAUUUGCAAUCAGCCACGAAUCCGCUUUCAAUACAAAACCACCGCAAAGUUUGACUUUUAAGUGGCUUUGGUAAUACAGGUUGUUUUUGGAAUUCAGACAUCUUGAAUUUACCACGAGGAAAUGUACUGUUAGCGACUGAUAUUUCAAACUGCUGUGACUGUGGAAGUGUUAAUGAAACCGUUUGGCCGUUAACCUACACAUUUGCAAAAACCAUUUGAAGCGAUAUUUCUCUGUGAUCUGCUCUGUACGUCGGUGAGGGGCAGAGCUGACGUCUCUGAGUCCCACACUUACGAUGAUGCUUUGCACAAACUGAUUUCCCUGUCAGGAACAGAAUAGGUUUUUCAUUUUUCUUUAUUAUUGUUUUCUUUUGGUAAGGGAUAUGUGCUUGAAUGCAUGGCUCUGUUUAGAGCAAAAAAAUACUUUAUAUUUUAUUAAGCUGCUCCAUAGGUGAAAUCUCCUUUUCAGGCCCUUUUAGCACACCUCUGUUUCCAUUUUGCUGCCUGCAGACCUAAAUUAAUUUAUUGAUCAAGUCAUUAUUAUCUACAGUAAUAGUGCAGCUGCUAAGCGUAAUCUUUGAUGCACCAUGUACAUGCAACUGGUUGAAGGUCUCUCUCCCUAUGAACUUUCUAUCUGAAGAUGCCACGAGGAGAGUUUACCAACAAGUCCAUAAACACUGACCCCCCCCCCCUCUCACUUUACCCCUUCAAAAAAGAACAAAAAAAAGUAGUUAAAGGAAUAGUUAUCCCAGGCUUUUACGUUUUAUCAUCAUUUACUCAUCUUCACAUUGUUCCAACCCCAAAUCAUUUUUUGCUUCUGUGAAAUGCAAAAUAUGUUAGGAAGAUCUGCUUUUCUCCAUACAAAUGAAAGUGGAUGGUGAUUUACAGUAUGCUGCUAUGAAAAAGGACGAAAAUCAUCAUUAAAGUAUCCUAAAACAAGUCCAAACAUAUGUUGCGCUAUUCUGGAGCCAUGCGAAUAGCUUUGUGUUAGAGAUGGACUGAAUUUAGUUUGUGGCAUUUGUCAUACAAUUUGAUAUGUUUGAGAUUUUUCAUAUAGUAUAUGUUAAUAAGAUUCAAGAGCUCCAAUGUAAGGUUAUCAGUGACCAGUUUUUUUACAAAAAGCUAUCUUAUGGCUUUAGAACAUAGUGAAAAGAGUUGUUUAGAUCACAUUUAUGGUGUUUUUCUGUUCUUUUUGUCCUUUUUUGGAUCUUUGCAUGAUAAAUUCCCAUCCACUUUUAUGGAAAAGAGCAGCUUGGACAUUCUGCAAAGCAUCUGCUUUUGGGUUUCAUUGAAGAAAGUGAAUAAUAUGAGGUUGGAACAACAUGAUGGGGGAGUAAACAGUGACAAAAUGUUUAUUCUUGAGGCAGCUAUUCCUUUAAAAACUGACACAUGUGAGUAUUGUAACCUGUAUUUUAGCCAUGCCGAGCCUACACCUCAUUUCCAGAUAAAUGCAUGGCUUCAAUAUGCCUUGUCGGUGGUCUGAAAUGUACACAACACUGGUUUAUCUCGCAGCAUAAGGCUUUAAAAAACACUCCUGACAUUUCUGCACUGUUUUCCUGAGCCCUCUGUUUCUUUGCUGUCCUCUGAUGUUAAUUUAGUCGUUUUGUUUGGAUUUAAGUUAUGAAUAAAGCUUUUAUUGCACAGAACUGUUUAUAUUAAAAAAUGCACUACAUAUAAAGAAUGUCAUCUUCCCAUGCACAACGGUCUGGUCUUUGUGAAAUAACCGAAAUGACACCAGAAAAGAGACUCUUCCUACAGGGGACCAUUUUGUGACCUGAUAUGUAUUUGUGUCAUAGUUUGGUGUUGUGGGGGUGUCUUUUUCUUUAAUGUUUCUCUUCUUCCCCCCCUCCUUGAGAAGCUUUUGUUUCAGUUGAUCAUCUUAUUGCUAAAUAUUGGAUUUCUAAGAACAGAGGAGCUUACGAUAUUGACAAAUGGCAAAACUUUGCUUUGUAAGUAACUUUAGGAGACAUUCAGGGUAUAGUGAUUUUUGGACUGCAGUUUAUGUAUAGUUCACCGAGGAGUAUGAUUGCCAUGGAGAGGGAGGGAUUUGGGGGCCUAUCAGCCAAUCAGCUGGCUCAUAAUUAAAGCUAAACCUUAUUAUAGUGCCCCAAACCUUCACAUAUGAUGUAAACAUGAAGGUGACCGUUUUGUAUGUAUAUAAAUAAAUAAAUAAAUGAGUCUAAGAUGAAAAUUAAGGUUGAUAUUCCUAGUCAAGUAGUCUAUAAUGGUAUAUAAAGAAACCCCAACUUUGUUGGACUAUGUAGCAUCUUAAUAAAUUAAAUCAAUAAAGCCCCAGACCAAAA